GUGAAGUUCUAUUUCGCCAUAAAGUCUUCCAUAAAGAGGAAAUAGCAAACAUAUCUGGAGCAGAAGAGUGCCUCAUAGCUUGAAGUAGACAGGAGAUGGCCUUGCUAGCAUUAACUCUGUUUUUGGUACUUCAGUUUGAAGGAAGCAGUGGAGGACACCAGUAUCUCUAUCACAGAGCCGGAGAGGAUGUUGUUUUGCCUUGUGCCAGUGAGUCACCUUCCUACAUGUGCUCCAUUGUUUCCUGGAUUUACCACAGAGGUGGAGGCAGAGAGGCUGAAGACAAGGUUCAAGAUGGAAAAGUGAAAGAUGACUCACCUCAGUCUACCAGGUUGAGUGUGGACAAUAAGUGCUCUCUGGUCAUCAGGAACAUCACUGAUGAGGAUGCUGGACAUUACACAUGUCGGCCUGGAUCCGGAGGUCCGUUGGAUGGAUUUGUGUAUCUCAGUAUUUUGACCAUCUCGACUUCUUCACCAAACGCCGAUCCAGCACAUUAUGGAAAUGUUACAUUGCAGUGUACUCUGUGGAGAUACAAUGAACUGGGUCCCUGUCCAGAGAACAGCCUCCUCUGGGUGGAUGAAGCAGGAAGUAAGCUGCUUGGUGAAGAUGUUUGGUACAGGUUUGAAAGACACACCGGAUGUGUUUCUUUUCUCACUGUGAAGCUUCAGAGCAGCAGCAACAAAAGAUACAGCUGCCAGUUUGUUGAGGAAAACAGAGUGAAGAUAGAAGCUCGCUAUCCUUCUGUCUUUACAGAUCCAGACCAUAACAACAGUUUAAUCAUUGUUGGACCAGUGAUUGGAGGGAUGGUGCUGCUGGUCAUCAUUGUUGUUCUCAUCAAAUUCAAGAGAAGAACCAGAGUCACAAAGGAUCAGGAAUACAACACAGAUGUUGUAAAUCCAACUCGUCAGAUCCAUCAAUAUGAUGAGCCACAUGCUAAUCAGACCUACGCUACUAUUAAGCAUCAUAAUCCAAACGCCCUUCAUAAGAAAAGGCUCAAAGAGGAGGAAGAGGUGGUGACUUAUUCUGCUGUUAGGACCAACAUGAAGACAGAGGCAGACAUCAAUCCCUGCGGUCUCUACAGCUUUAUCGACAAGCCAGAAUAAAGAAUAUUAUUAAACAGAUGUCUAAAACAGGAAGGGAAAAGGAAAUUUAAUUUUAGUGGGAUUUAAAACAACCCUCUCAGUCCUCAAUUCUACACUUGGCAACACAACAAAGGAGUCCUCUCUGGACUUCAAACAGAGCUCUUAGCUUAACCAGUUGCUUCAUCUCACUUUGUAUCAAAUACAGCAGUAUUUGAUACAGUGGUGUCCAAAUGUUUUGCCAAGUGGGACAGACUUGUCAAGUUGAAACUACUUGCGGGCCACACAAAUGUAUAAUUUCUUGAAAAGUACCAUUUUACUGUAGAUUGUUUUUAAGCUUCCCCUGCUCAGAAGUAAACUGUACACGCAAUAUUUUAAUAAAAGAAGCACAGUAGUCUGAUUUUUGUAGAAAAGAGAUCUUUGUGGACAUUCUCACAUAACCCUGCGUGUUUAUUUUGUAAUAUUAUAUGUUUCCAUUGACACAGAUGUCAGUUUACAGUGUUCUCUGUGGAGAUACUUAAACAGCCCCUCCUUGUACAGCGAAGAGCAUCCUCUGGGUGAAUGAGACUGGAUGUUUUUAUGUUGUGCUUGAAACAUUAAAUGAAUACCAUCCUG